AUGACCAUGUCUACGGGACAAGAACAAGCUCUCAUCAAAUAUUCUGAAAUGAACCAACAACAACAACAGGAAGCGGUUGAUUGUAGCGCGGCCGCAAUUGAACGUUUCCAGGAUAAUCAGGAGGUGGCGAAGUAUAUCAAACACGAAUUUGAUCGACGGUACGGCGGGACAUGGCACUGUGUGGUUGGCAAGACAUUUGGAUGGUGA